AUGUUAAAUUUUUAUUUAGAAUUUGCCGCACCAGGUACUUAUGAGUCCCUAAAAUGUGGAGGUCGCCAAUGUGCCAAAUGCGGUAAAUGUCGUGACUCGUACUAUACGGGUGAUAUGGAAACGUGGCGAUGGAUAAUUAAUGUCAUGAAGUGGGAUGAAAAAGAGCAGAAACGUUGGGACGACGGUAAAUAUUCGGAGCGUUUCAAGCGUCGUAACGGUAGCACAUGCCGUGGUCGCUUCGGCUAUGAUAAUUAUACAAAUAAUGAUCAGUAUCGUUAUCCUUAUCGGGGUCAUAUUAAUAUUGACUCUUAUGAGGAUUAUGAUGAGGGUUAUCAAUCACUUUACGGUCGUGUUCGUCGUAGCUAUGACGUUGAUCGUGUUCCUUAUUGUCAAUGUUUGGACAACAGCAAACAAAGUUAA